ACCAGUGGUAUAAAAACACGCGAGGCCGCCCGGGCCGCUCAGAGUCGCGGACGCGGACAAUAAAGAGGAUCGCCGAGCGGCGCGAUCGAUUUCAUUCAAAUCGACCGGAUUGAAAAAGUUGGGUUUGUGCAGAUGCGUUUGUGCCGGACGCAUGCGCGCGUGUGCGGGACCGCUUCCAUCGUUCGGGACUUUGAGUUAAUGUCUAAUGGGAGCGCGCGCACUGGGAUUUCUGCUGGGAAAAAAAACCCAAAAACGGAACAGCCACAAGAAAAACUAAUUGCUAAGUGAGGUGUUUUUUCUUUUUCUUCCCCCGAAUUAGUUUAUUGGUAAGUCAAAAGCGCGGUUUGACGAGUUGACUGUCUGCACAUUUUGACCACGGAGCGAACCAGAUGCGGAGAGAAAGAUGCAUCUGGGCAAGGCUUUACUGUUCGUCCUCCUCCUCAACUGCGCGACUUUGAGCUCAUCCCUCUCGACUUGUGCCACCGUGGACAUCGACCAUGUGAAAAGGAAGAGGGUCGAGGCGAUACGAGGUCAGAUUUUGAGCAAACUCCGACUGACAAGUCCUCCGCACUCCCUCGGACCCAGUAAAAUCCCCUAUCAGAUCCAAGCGUUGUACAACAGUACCAAGGAGCUACUGGAGGAGCUCAGGAGGGAUCGGCAGCAGACUUGCGGUCAGGACAACACAGAGACAGAGUACUACGCCAAAGAGAUAUACAAAUUCAACAUGGUCUACGGACCACCGGAAAGCAACGAUCUGCUCUACUGCCCAAAAGGCAUCACGUCCAAGGUUUUCCGCUUCAACGUCUCCGCCAUGGAGAGGAACUCAACCAACCUCUUCCGAGCAGAGUUUCGCGCUUUCAGGGUGCCAAACUCGAGCUCCAAGAGGAAUGAACAGCGGAUCGAGCUCUACCAGAUUGUGAGGCCGAACGAACACAUCAGGAAGCAACGCUACAUUGCGGCCAAGAACGUGCUGACCAGAGGUUCCUCGGAGUGGGUCUCCUUUGACGUGACUGAAACGGUGCGGGAAUGGCUGAUGAACCGAGGAAGUAAUCUGGGUUUGGAAAUCAGUGUGCACUGUCCCUGCCACACCUUCAACCCGAACGGGGACAUCAUUGACAAUGAGAAUGAGGUGCUGGAGGUGAAGUUUAAAGGUCUGGAUGGAGAUGAGGAGCAGAGUCGCUGGGAUCUGGAUCACCUGAAGAGGAGAAAGGAGCAGCACAUGCCUCACCUGAUCCUCAUGAUGAUCCCACCCCACCGCCUGGACACCCAGUCCACGCGCCGACGCAAGAGAGCGCUGGACACAAACUACUGCUUCUCAAACACGGAGGAGAGUUGCUGCGUUCGCCGCCUGCACAUCGACUUCCGCCGUGACCUGGACUGGAAGUGGAUCCACGAGCCCAGCGGCUACGACGCCAACUACUGCUCGGGGCCGUGCCCUUACCUGAGGAGCUCGGACACGACGCACAGCUCGCUGCUGAGCCUGUACAACACUCUGAAUCCGGAGGCCUCGGCCUCCCCCUGCUGCGUCCCGAAAGACCUGGAGCCCCUCACUAUACUCUACUACUCCGGACGGACCCCCGUAGUGGAGCAGCUCUCCAACAUGAUCGUCAAGUCUUGCAAGUGUAGCUGAGACGACGUGAAAGGCGAGGUAGCGCGGCAGGAUUUUACUAGGUACUGACGAAGCCCCCCACCCCCACCCCCGUCCCGGGACUUUUGGACUUUUUAGCUGUGACAAAUACUUUACUUGACCCUGUGACCUCACGGCCCGAGAUCUGAAAAAUCGCUGUUAGUCUUAAAAAAAAAAAAUCCCAAUCAAAUGUCAAUGUUCCCUCUAAAUAGAUGAACACUCUCGAUAAAUGAAGCCCUGUGCAAAUUUAAAUGGUCCAAAUACGCAUCAGGACGAAGUACGAUUGAAAGUGACCCUAUUCUGUGGUUUUAUUUUGUGCUUCAGAGCUCUCAUCUCUAAAUUGUCAGUAGAAUGUUUUUUCUUUCUAGCCGCGGGGCGACGUUGUUAUUAGUCACAGAUUGUGCUCUACUGAACUUUUGAAGGGUCCUUUCAGGCUGGGUUGUAAACCCUCGCCUUGCCUUCAAACAGUGGCCACUAUCUUAAAACACAAAAGGAGAAAGGACAGACUUGCUGCUGUAUCCAAAGCCAUAGCUGUGGUCGGGGGGAAAAGGAGAGCGGAGAGAAUGCCUGCUGGAUUUGCAAUGGAAAGUGAAUGAAUAAAGUAGUCGGGCCAAGCUUUUCUUUUCUUGGCCGGCCAGUAGUAAUGGCCUUCCUAUUUUUGUAUUUGCGGUGCAUCGAUUAGAAUGGAUGGAGAAAGAGGAAGAAGAGGAAGAAGAAGAAGAAGGAGACGAUGAAAGAACUGUGAUGGAUACAAGCCAUGAGCACACUGCCGUUCACUGGACGUUCUCAUCUCGAACAGGUUCAAGUUAUUUAUCAAAGAAUUUACUGGAAAAGUGUUACGCAAGUGUUUUUUUCUGGGAUUUCUUUUACAUAAAUGGCAGAUUUGAUCUGUUCUACAACUUGAAAUCUAGUUAUUGUUUCAUAAACUGGGACAAGAAAUCAACAUUAUCUCCAUCGGUGGAAACACUUUUAUAUUAAAAUAAGGUUACUGUUACAUUUCCUUGUGAUUUUUGUCCAUUCUCUAAUUAGUGUGACCUGUUCUAUGUGAUCCAGUGUUUGUUUGAUGUAAGUAUCAUUUGUAUUAAAAGGGGUCUUAACCCCGGAGGGGUCAAUCAGAGCACUUUUCUCCAGCAAUAAUAGCAAAUGUUGUUUAGAACGUUCCCCUUUACCCUCCUAUCAACUCACCCGUCACUCCGGCCGGCUGACAUGGAGCCGUGUGCGCGCGUGUGUCUGUAGUUCCCAGGAAACACUGCAGUCUUUCAUUCCCUCUGCUCCCCAUGUUUGUUUUGGUGCUCCUUUACAGUGUGAAGCCCUGAUGGAACCCAAAGAAAUGAAACGCGAGGGGAAAGUAAUAGCAUGACAGUGGCUGGAUGUACAGUUAGACCUCCUUUUACUCCGGAGAACAAUUCUGGAGCCCUGUACUUUUUUCACAUUUGCCAAGUCAUCUUGCCUUUAGGUGACAUUUAGAUGACGGUUUUUUUUGCAGUAAUAUUGUUUGAUACCCUUGUUGAUCGUGACUGUAAUUAAAAACACAAAAU